AUGCCUUCGCAGUCGACCUCCAGCGAUGCCGUCAACUACACUCGUGAUUGCGGAGAAUUCUUCUCUUGGUUUGAUAUCUGCUACGAUGACGACAAGCCCAGUGGCUCCAUUGAAGAGAUCAGUGGUCAGUCUGCCGAUAUCAAUAAAGGCCAUGGAGGCUCCUAUGUCUGGCUUACUGUACGCCGGGCUCCCAAGCCUACCAUGAUGGUCGACAAGAUCUGGACCGACAUCCGCAGCAACUCUGAUGGCGGCCGUAAGGACGACCUUGCUAAGGGUGCUGGCGGACCCUACCGCUACUUCUCGUGGUCUAAUAAUAUGAAUGCCAACAACUUUGUCACCGAUGUUGCUCUCUGGAGGUCCUCUGACGCUCAGGGGAACCCCCCGAAUGGUUGGCACCACAAGUCUGAUGAUAUUAAUGAGGGCCGUGGUGGUGACUACCUAUAUCUCGUCUGGCGAACUAAGUCAUACUAUGGGCCCAGGAGCCCCUAA